GAUUGGCUUUUCACCCGAAAAGAUGCAAAGGCUGAUGUAGCAUGGGGCAUGGAGAUGGGAGGCUGUGAAAGGGCAGGUCCAAGAAAUGAAAAAAAGAAGAAGAAGGAAAGUGUCAGACUGAAGGAAGCAAAGGCACUGCGUGACCAACGUGAUCUGCUCCUAUGCAAUAUUAUCAAAGAAGGAAAUGGAAGCUGCCAUGUUGAUACACUAGCAGCCAGCAACAAGCUUUUUCUCUCAGGUUUUGUCACCUCAGCAUCAACAAUGGAGACACUUCUUCUGAUCAACCUAGGGGAAGGAUUUUCCAUUCUUUGGAAUUUGGAGAAUGCUGAGUUACCAACACAAAUCCCCCAACUACCAAAAAUUAUUGAUUGUUGUUCAUUGAUGUUAAAGAUGAAAAAUCUUGGCAGACGCGAAGUAUCUGUUUAUACUCAACUCAUGCAGCAUGCAAGCAAAAAUAAACACGACGGACCACGGAUCAAACCUAAAACACGCCGUUCCGAGUACCUCAGAAGACUCAAAAAUCAGAUGGCUUGCAAUGAAUUGUGUAUCGGACAUUGUCUUUUCAAUCAAAAUAAAAAGCCAAUCACAUUUUUGUCAAAGUCUCGAAUGUAUUAG